GUCGCAUCAUUACGGGUUGAAUGCAAGUAAACUUGAACGAGUUCAUGCUGCUUUCAUUUACUAGCUACAUAGCAGGGACAUUCACUGCAACAGAUGGCUCUAACUUACGUACAGUUUCACGUUUUGAUAACGUGUGUGUGUCACAGGCAGCAACUAUAAAACGAAAUCUGAAAAGAGCAAAAUUAACAGCGCCUAAUUUUAAACAUUAUAAGUCUAGAGUAUCAAUACAGACUUUGUAAUUUUCUACCCACUAACGCGUAACGACUAAUCGAAUUAUCAACGUCUCUCUCGGUCACUUCCAACUCCUCCUGACCUACAAGUGUAACAGCUUGUAUGUAUGCACUUCCUGCAAAUCGCCCUGCUGUAGAGAGGUCCUACUUUUGAGCCUAGACCCGGAGUUGAAUUUUUAGUGAUACGAUCUAGUCUGUUUGAUACAUGGGCUCUGCCAUUCAAAUGUGCUUGUCUUUCAGUGAACGUCGCAAAAGGAAACUAUAAUUCCUCUAAUAGUUUACUAAAUCUACUGUACCUAGAUGUGGGGGAGGAAUGGCCUACAAGAGAGUAGCUAUAGAACUCUAUACCACUAGCGGUCUGCAGUGUAACAGGAACGCUCGUUGAGGAACGCGGAAGUUCGCUUCUAUCUAAGCCUUACGAUCGGUCGCUUCAAUAUCCAUCUGUGAGUCGUGGCGUGACUGCCGACUGAUGGAUCCAACUGGGUGAUGGCACUUCAGCUGGAUUUGUCCUGGCUGUUUCAUUGAUGCUUGCUAGCUCUUCAGGCAUAAAGCGAGAUGGACGUCGAUGAACUUGAAUGCACUCUGGCGAGCAAAUGCUGCGAUCGAGCUUUACUUAUGACUUCCUUCAGCAAAUCUGGAUGCCUAUGAGUCUCUCGAUGUGGGGUGCAGGCCAAUUCUCGCCGAAUGUCUGAGAACCUGGCAGAAAUUCGUUGGACGAGUGAAGGGGUCUUCAAGCUUGCUAGGCCGUAGACCCUGUGAGAACCGAGCAGCCUUUUGAGGCAACCUAAUGCUUCUUCGUUUCUUAUUAGAGCUUUCGACAUUUUUUCGUUUACUCAUUCAUCGACACUGUUCCCUACGACAGCUGCAUUCAAAUCAGUGACAUCACUGAAUUCUCGGUUCUGGUGUGGACCGUAACGGAGUUUUAACGAUGUUAUUUCUCCAUUUGUACGAAAAAGAGCGUAGUUUUCCAAGGCAAAUUAUAAGAUGAAAAUAUUCUUCUGUCAUGCCAUACACUGGUGAACAUACGUAGUUAAGAUCCGCAAACUUUUGUCAUCACGUAUAUUCGAUCCUCAUGUGACGAGGCGUGCUUUUAAAAAAUAAGAAAUCGUUCAACCAACGAGCUGAAAAACAUGUGUUUGUGCCCUCUGCUUUCAGCAAGCCAUUCGAGUGCCUUAGCUGCGCUUAAUUCAUCGAGCAGUGGUGGAUUAGAAGAAUUAACACAUAUUGUUUACGACAGUUCGCCUCCAACCGAAGUAUGCUCCACACUGCAGCCAGCUCCGUUCCACUCAUCAAAUUUUAAUUUUGAUAUCUUCACAGCCUAUGAACAACAGCAGAACGGCCUUUCACAGUUCCCAUCGCUACAUCAGCCCCUGCCAUCUCUAAAUACUUUCGCUACAAGUGCAAUAUCCCUCCGAGAUACGGUUCGCCAGUCCCAAGACAUAAAAAAUGGCUACAAUGCUGAGUCAGCAUGGCUUGACUCCUCGAAAAAUGAAACAUCGCAGGAGGAUACGGCAAGUGACGAAAUCAAUAAUUCUGUUCUAACAAGCUCGAAUUUCCAAACCACGCUUCCCAAAUCCGAGUCCGAUAGUCCUGCUAGUGAAGGUGAAGCUACUCAGACGACCCCAGCAAACAACAAAAAGGCUAAGCCGAUCCCUAAAACCAAAUCAACGAGCGAUAAGCCGCCCUACUCUUACGUGGCGCUCAUUUGUAUGGCGAUCACUCAAAGUCCCACGAAAAAGCUCACACUCAGCGAAAUCUACAGCUUCAUCAUGGACAAAUUUCCAUAUUACAAAAAGGACAAUAAAGGCUGGCAAAAUUCGAUAAGACACAAUCUAUCACUCAAUGAUUGUUUUCGCAAGAUCCCCCGUGAAGGCACCAGCGACGGUAAAGGAAACUUCUGGGCAUUAAAUCCGGCGUAUUCAGAUAUGUUUCCAGAUGGGAAUUACCAACGCCGCCGCCGCACAAACAAACAACAGCGAGGCCUUCCCUAUGUCGAUUCCCAACACUUUUCGGUUGAUAUACCAGGUGGCGCUCGGUUAGGCUAUCAUCUAGGUGGGGUACCCCGAGGAUCUGCCGAUAGCUUAUACCCUACUGCACGUAUGUACGAUUCAUACGGAUACGAUAGCAGUUCAACGCAGCCUGCUUUGGCGUACUACGAGUAUUGCGAGUACUACAAGGGCGCCUCGGCCUUCUCAUUGAACCCACAACAGACACAAGCGAGGGGAGACCCUAAUAAAGGCUAUGGAAUCCUUCGGGUGUCAGAUCAAGACAGGGUGCAAGUCAAAGGAGAAGUGUCCUUUCGAAACAAUACACUGCACGGAUCUGUAACAAAUGGUUCAUUGGAUAUCCGUCGAAAUCCAGGAGUACCCAAUAUGGAUUCUAAUGACAUGUUUCCUCACAGUUCAACGGCAUACUCAUCUAGUUUUGUUACAGCUGCGUACUCCAGUAUUAGCGUAGGACCGCCGCCAGGAUGUGCUUAUGGGACGACAACAGAAAGUAACAUUUCACCCAUUCCUCUAGAAACCCCCAUAACAGGGAAAACCGCAUCGUCCCUCGUUGUCAGCCAGAGUAACCUACCCGUGCACAGCGAACUCGUUUAGUUGAUGACCUAAAUUGUUGAAGUCACUGGUUCAAUCCCUUAAAACGCUUAGAACCUAUUGAAAUCUCAUUAUUGUAAAUGCGUAGCUGACCAAAUGCCUAUGUUGCAACGCGUGCUGCUCGUCGUCGGCAUGGAUCAUCGUUUACUGCCUAUCUCCAUAUGUAUAUAAAUAAUAUACUACGGAGUCAGCAAUUUUGCUACUGAAACAUGGAACAUUUUUUUUUAUCUUUCUCGAUCUACGCGGUUAAAAUCCCCUUUCCGUCCAUAGAGUGUAAACGUAUAUUUAAAAAAGGGUACAAAAAGAUAUUGUAUACGUUUGUAAAUAUGAAGAAGGACUAAACAUCAAUCACUUCGAACACAUCGCAUUGAAUAUUUAAAUACAUAGCAUUGGGCAAGGGCCUAAAAUCGACCUAAAUAUCGUUGCUGAAAACGGUAACAAAUAUAUGAUGAUUAUAAGAAUGUUCCAUUGCUGAAUCUGAAGUUGAACGUGCAAUUCAUAGAAAAAUAAACCGCUUUUUUUUUCGAAAUUCAACUGUCGCCUUUAUAGUAGAACGCUUGUUAUUUAUUAGGGCUUCAAAAUCAGAGACAGAAAAAAGCGGUGUUGUUUAUCUACCAUAUUUUUCUUAACUUUAGUAUAGUAGGUAAUAAAUUUAUAGGGUUGUAUUCUUUCCGUAAAAAUCCUUUACACUUCAACCUUUUGCAGAGAUCGCUUAAUUACUCUGCUUUGGCUGUUCUGCUAGUAAGGCCCAUAUGUCGCGGAUAAAUAGCUCUUCUAUGUUAAGAAGGACUCAUAAAUAAAAAUGAUAUAUAUAUAUAAUUCGGUAAAAGAAAAAAAUUAAUGAAUUGCUAAGCGUAAUCAAGCACAACUACAACACCUAUAACGCUGACCGGUUCCAGUAGUCAUCAACUUCUCGAUAAAAAUCACCGUCUCCACGCAAAACUUGAAAUGACAAUGCCGUCAAAUUACACUUUUAUAUUGGACUCGUUUAUUUGAAGCAACAAAAUAUAAGGCGAUUCACUGAACUGCGCCACUCCCAAUAUUUUUCUUUUGUCGUCAUUUUUCGGGUGUUGUUUUUUCCUCUGUUAGUAUCCGCCGUUUUUCUUCAGAUCGUUGUUGUUGUUGUUGAUGUUUCUGUCGUCGAAAUGUAUGUGAUUUUAUUAUGCUCUGUCUUUAGUCCUCACGAAGACGUGCAUUUCGACAAUUACCGUUACUUGUUCUCCUUUAGUGAUUAAUUCCCGAUUUUAUGGUUUUCCGAAUAUUGUUGUUGGUCUACGAUAGCUGACCCACAGCUUGAGGUCAAUAAUAUGUGUGCAGGUGUGUGACAACGAUCUAAUCCAUCAGUUCUUCUUUAUUUUAGUGAUGCUCUUCUUUAUUCAUUAUGUCAUUAUUAUUAUCAUCUUAAUCCGCCUCUAUAAAACGGUGAAAAGAUAGUUGGACAGAAUACACACACUUUGCUCUUUGACAGACCUGUCGCUAUCAUUCGGCUGGUUCAUCUUCUUUACAUAAACGUGGUAUUAUAUAUUAUUAUUACUAUAAAUCAUCGUUUCAUAAAUUGUUGUGUUUUUUGCGCUUUGCUACCCAGUUUCCCUUAGAGCUUUCAGUUCCUAGUAUCUAGUUUAAUUAUCAUUCUCCUAUCGUUCAUCAUCAUUGUACCUUUUCCUCGUCUCUCCUGUGUCGCAGUUUUUUUUUCUAUAGGUUCUCCAUGCUGAUACACUUAAGAGUCUGUUAGUUUCAUUUCGUAUGCUCAAAAGUGUCGCCACAGAUUUGCACAGCUCCUUGUUCGGUUCCCAGUGCGGGAAAACCAAGCAAUGCCGAAUGUGUUCUGGCCGACGACCAUCAAUCUCACUCAAUGAGGCAGUCUUGCGCAAGCACACGUUACAACUACACUACGUUUUCUCUUGGAUAGAUAGGAGUAAACGGACGCGCGAUAAUUUCUUUCAGUCGCAUUUAGGGCUUCUUUGCUAGUUGUCUAUUCGGCAUUCUUACUGAAUCUGUUUGUUCCGGCUCCGCAGCUACCCCGCCUUUGACCAUUAUAGACAGCUAAAAAUAACGGAACCUGUUUUCGAUUCGAGCAGCUGCUUAUGUCGUCAGUUGUGAAUCAAGCACUCAUAAAGAUGAUUCAUUUACAGAUUUUCUCUAAAUGAAUUCGUUACUACAAAGCACCGUUUAGCCCAUCUAAUUCCGUCCUGUCACAGUAUGUGAAUUGUCAAUCAUUAUUGUUACUGAUCGCGGUGGGAGCGGAAGAUGCAGCACUGAAAAACAGGCACUGCAAUUUUACAGUGAUUCGGCGAGCUCUCUCUAGCCGAGAUGUGACUGCGAGGCCGCCAUAAAACUCAUUAGUCCAUACGUAUUGGGAUCAAGCGACAAUGACCGAUUUCAGCUGACAUCAGGGCCACUAUGUGUGUGCAGAAACUGUUGUUUCCUCGUCAAUCGCUGAUGAUAUUGCUGUUAUCGUCCUUUGCAAGUAUCCACAAGUGGCUAUUUUAUUGUAUAUAAAUAAGCAGUACAAAUCAAUGUCCUCGUGCGGAGUAUAGUUCUUUCUAAAAAGAGGCUCGUAACGAAAAUGUGUACAAUCAUACAGGGUCGUAUCGUAUUUUGGUGGGCUGAUUUCGUGUGUCUGGAUUAAUCUGCUAGUUACUAGCUUGAAUAGAAUCUAACUUCACCAGUUAGUAGUUAUGUAAUAUAGCGUUUUGAUUACGCAGCCGUACUGUCCGUCGGCAGUAAAAUCCUAGCGAUCGGAACACGGAUGCAUCUCGAGGAGGUGGACCGUCGUCUUCAUAAGACCUCCGUUUCGGCACGCUUCCAACGUGUUCCAGAUCCGUCUCCUGCCUAUCUCCUGACCGACCUCGUUUCAAUGACCGGGUUUACCGUACAUCAAUCACCGCUCUUUUUUUUUUAUAAUCGUCAUUUUUGUUUUUGACGCUCUCAUUAAUGCACUUUUUACGGAUAAUAAUAAUAAUAAUACGUAAUGAAGCUGCACACGAUACAUGCGCCACGUUUGUUCUAUUCUUAUUUUCACACAUAAGUGUGUAAAUAUCGUAUUUUCUUCGUAACUGUUAAUAUUAUUAGCAUUAUCAUAUAAUAAUGGUUCUUAUUUUUGUUGUUAUUAUUAUUUUUCUUUUUUGUGCACAUGGAAAAAUCAUUCCGACCAUACGUCCCCGUUACAACAAUGUUAUUGUUAUAUUUACUACGCUAUUUCAAUUAUAAUAUCGUGUGUAAUAAUAUUAUUAAUGACAGUUAUUAUCAUUUUACUCUAUCGUUAUCCUAUCUUCUGUCUCUCACGAGCAAAUGGGCUAAUGCAGAUAUUUUUUCUAUAUAUAUAUAUAUAUAUAUAUAUAUAUAUAUAUAUAUACACCGUUAAUGUAGUUGAUGUAUCGAAGAGUCAUCGACGGGCGAAGCGGCAGAUGUCGAACUUUCUAAACCCAUAAUGUGUUUAUCGUUUAGAUUUAAGUCUUUGUGUAACGACGACUUGAUGAUAACUAAAUAAUGUAAAGCAGUUUUGGUUAGAAGCCACGCAUAGCGUCCAGCUAAUUAAUAGGCGAAAUGUAACUCAGACAAGAGUUGAAAGGAUUGGAAGUGGCGUGUACGAGCUUAUGGUGGGAUGUACACUCUGUGGCUAGGGCACCAUCUUUAUAAUGUACUUCGCUGUUUGUAAGGGUUUAAGACUAUCCGCUACCUAACGCUACCAUCAGCAGACACUCAUUCAAUCUCUACUAGCAUUAUCUACCAUAAUUUAUAAAAAAUAUAUUAAUAAUUCGAAAAGGCGAGUGAAAUAUUGAGACGUUCUUUAAAUACUGAUUAUUAUUAUUAUUACUGAAGAGAAAUUCACUGAACGAGCUCUCAUCAAAUUGUUGGAGACAAAGCUACACUUGCUUAAACAUUGCAAUGCUGGCAACCAUAAAAUUGGUGCUAUGCUCAUGGGACUCUUGCCCCACCCCCCCCUUGACCCUCACCCCGGGGGACUGCAGAACGAUGGAAAGACCGGACUUCGCGCAGAGACACAGAUCUAUGAUGACGCUUUGAGCAGUUAUGAACAGAAGUCUGAAGAACUGUGUACAACGAGCGGACUGAUAUUAAAAAAAAAAACUCCCUUAACAAGAUUAAGCAAACACUACGAACUGAUAGUAUAGUAAACAACAAAACAUAGCGGGUUUCUAAUAAACGAGACUACCAAGAGGUCGAAACUGAUGACAAAGCACCAAAUGAAUCUAAAUCACAAUUAAUUUAAAUAAAUAGUUCUCGUUACGGGCAUUAUUGUUCGUCAAUCCUAGGAUUCCCUUCUGCGCCUGUAUUGAGACAAACUAAAAAAAAAGAGAUCAAUCAUUUAGAGCAGAGAAAGGAGCACACUUAAUGAGGCGGUGUUAUUACAACAAGAAGUAGCCAAUGUUCUUUCCAGCCAAUCUUGAGUAAAAGGACGUCUAAUAGCAGUAUCUAACCGAUGGCAUAGUCAUGACACGCCCUUCAGCAGCUUGUUAAGUACUCAAGAAAGCGCCGCGAACAAACUCAGAGACGUACCCGCACAUGAAAGAAUCGUUCCGAAUCAUUAAACCCAAGGGGAACUAUCAUCCUGGCAUAAGCCAUACAGUGUCGGCAUAGGCAUAAAGCGCGUGUCCAAGCAAUAACGUCGAUAACAUGGUGUUUUCUUCUUAGUGCAGAAUUCGUACUCGACCCGGCUAGACGGUAGAACGCUACAAACAGCAAAAGGUAUCAAUACAUCCACCAGUAGGAGGAGAAUGUUUGCUGAGAAGUAUUGCACAACGGAAUGUACUUCUUUUUUGUUACCACGUCGUUGCUCGUUGAUGACACCGAACAGCCUAAAUUCAUUUAUUUCGUUUGCCGUUUCCACCAUAUAAUGUUGCUAUACAUAGAACGAAACAAGGAUCAACAUAUAUCUAUCUAUAACCGUGUUCUUCACGGGACAGCCAUAGUAAUCCGUUAACUAAUCUAUCUGACAUAAACACCAUCUAUUAAGCAUUCACAAAAGUGGCGUUAGUCAUAAUAUUAUUUAUGAUGGAAAACAGGCGUUACUAUUUCUACGAAAGUAUUUGAAGCAUAUAAUUAUAAUAUCUCUGAAUUGCUGUUAUUCUACAAUACUAAUGAUCCGAUAUUCAAAACAAAGUUAAAAGCUUUCAUCAUGUAAGACUGCCACGAUCCAGAAAGAUAUCGUUGUGGAGGUGCAAGUGUGUGCCAUCAUCGGCGAAUGACCUAUACGGUCGUGUAUAUCCCACCGGUCAUAUAGGCCUGCUAAUCAUGUAUUUAGGUUUUUUUUCCCGUUAUAAGAGAGUACACAACAUCUGUCCACAUCCUGUAUAAUCAACCAGAAUGAGGUGAAAAUGAAACUUCGUUACAAGUUGGAGUAGCCUGGGACGGAGGCGUGCUUACAGCGCCCGUUCCUUGAAAGCUUUAACGACAAAAUCGACAACGCAUAGUUGACUCUUUGUUACACGCAGUCUCUCUGCCUGGAAGGAGCCCUUCGUGUCUCGUUUGUUAGCCAUUCGGCACUUCCGUUUUGUUUUCCUUCCAGGUCGACCACCGCACACAAUGAUCUUAGUGUUUUUAUUCAUCGCCUAGUGGAUUCUAUUAUAAAGCGUUUGAAUGUGUGCCUAGCGUGUGUUUGUCUGCCUAUAUAAUGAGCUAGUGAAUUAAAACAGGCAACGGUUUCCGCUAUCAUUAGUGUAACGUGUUGCCAGCUUACAGAUUUUUUGACAGCCCUGGGUAGUCAGGGCACAAAACUCGCUAUGUGUCAUCUAUUCAUAUAUGGAAAUUGGCAACCGGAAAUCGUUACUGGGAAAAGAGCUACUCCGUUUCGUCAAAAAUCUAACCCACGAGUUUAUGGAUUCGAUAGUCGAAAAUUUGGUAUCUGUCUGGGAUCCUUACCGAUCGUGAUCUGCCAGCAAUAUCGAAGUCGCUGCGCGAAGUACCCGCAACACUUCUACUCGGCAUUCUUGUGUGUGGAUAUCCAUCGGAAUCAGAAAUCACAUCAUGAACGUCAUCCGACGACGCUGCUUGCGUAAUGUUGUAACUUUUACAUUUGAAAUCGGCUUCUGAAUGUAUCCGAAUUAUU